UCUGGUGCAUUGUGGGAUCGACCUUUUUCCGAGUCCAUCCAAAAUGCCGCGUGGACCACGUAAACAUUUAAAGCGCCUCAAUGCGCCCAAGCAUUGGAUGUUGGACAAACUUGGGGGAGUAUUUGCCCCCAAGCCAAGCUGUGGCCCUCACAAGACCAGGGAGUGUCUACCACUCAUGGUAUUCUUGCGUAAUCGCUUGAAGUAUGCUCUGACAUAUGAUGAGUGCAAGCGAAUUGUCAACCAGCGUCUUAUCAAGGUCGACGGCAAAGUCAAAACUGACAAAACCUACCCCUGUGGAUUCAUGGAUGUUAUCACCAUUGAGAAAACUGGAGAGAACUUCCGACUGAUCUAUGAUGUAAAAGGAAGAUUUACUGUUCAUCGUAUUAAGCCUGAGGAAGCCGCAUACAAACUGUGCAAGGUAAAGAAGGUGUCAGUUGGGCCCAAGGGUGUGCCAUAUAUUGUAACCCAUGAUGGUCGUACAAUCCGCUACCCAGAUCCCCUUGUCAAAGUCAAUGACUCCAUACAGUUGGAUAUCGCAUCUGGAAAGAUGAAGGAUUUCAUCAAAUUCGAUUCUGGCAACCUGUGCAUGAUCACUGGAGGGCAUAACUUGGGGCGAGUAGGAACUGUCAUCAACAGAGAACGUCACCCUGGAUCAUUUGACAUUGUGCACAUUAAAGAUGCUUUAGGACACACAUUUGCCACCAGGUUAAUGUAUGUGUUCAUCAUAGGCAAAGGCAACAAGCCAUACGUCUCACUCCCCAAGGGCAAAGGUGUAAAAUUGACCAUUGCUGAAGAGAGAGAUAGGAGACUGCAGAUGAAAUAGACUAAAAGGGACUUUAACAUGCAAAGACACUAUGAAUCUUCUGUAAUAAAAAAAUAUUAAUAAAGCCCUUUUAAAAGUGGAAACAA